CUCCACUUCAACACCGCACGGUAGCGUCACACUCAAGGCACAUGCAGAAAGCGAAGGAGAAUCGAGGGUAACACGGAGCUGGGGGGGCAUGGAAGGGAUAGUAGCAGGGAUAGUACAGCCCUCUUACUAUGCCCGCCUAUCUGCCUACUCGCCCGCGCUCGCCUUCUUGCUGGUUCGCCCACUCGCGCGUUCUCGCGUGCUCGUCCUUAAUCUCUUGGUAGCACACGCGCCUGCCCGUUUGCUCUCCUCGCUCGCCAAUUCACCUCGCUCCGGCUCGUCCGCCCACCCGCCAGUUCACCCGUGCGCACGCUCGUCUGCCCACCCGUGCGCCCGUUCGCCUGCCCACCCUUUCGCCCACUUGUACCGCUCCCGCUUCCUCUUGUCUGCGCUCCUGCUCGCCCGUUUACCCGUGGAUCCAUAAUCCCGCCUUCACCCGCACGAAACCCGUACCAGCUCAGAUGAGUCUGUACCCGGGCGGGUCAUGGGUACGGGUCGAGCUCGGGACACCCAUAGAUAUACCCGUGCUCGGCCCUAGCUGCCGGAGCGCAUCGCUCCCGACACGACUUCUCUCACACCUACUGCCGCGCUCGACACACAAUAGGACAAGUUG